AUGCCCGUGGCAGAGAACAGGUUUCUCGAGAUUGAGCCGCCUGCGGACCCGGCUGCAGCCGGCAUGUCUGCCUUGCGGAAGAUCUUCGAAGAAGCUGCAUCACUCUCCGACUGGGCCCCCAAGGCACCCGCGGAGCAGGCAGCCAAGGCACAAAUCACUGCGGAGGUGGCACAGCUCAUGGGGCAACUGGAAAGCGCAGUGCUCGAUGUGCUUCUGGAGGACAGCUCGGAGGCCCUCAUCCGGCUGAAGAGACGGCGGCAGGUGUCCGAGCUACAGCGUGCUUUCGGGGAUCCCAGCGAUCCCGACAUGACGGUUCGGGAUUUCGUGGAGAAGUGCCAGCAAUUCGAAGACGAGCUUUGCAAGAAGUACGGGGUGAAAAGUGAGAAGAGCGCGUGA